CGAGCACAUCCUUUCGGCAGCAACUAGCAUGAAGUUUCGUUGUUGGUGUGUGUACUUUUUGUGGACUUUUGCAAACUUGACUCAAAUGUAUGCCACCAAAAAGUAGUCAACGUUCGUUUAGCCUAAAAUUGGUUGCAUUCGUGACACAGCCGACUGGCGGGGCAGUCAGAGUCAUUGAGGCAGGACCAAACCAAAAAAUUGACAAGUACUUUAUAAACGCCGUUUUCCAAAAUUGUGUUUAGGAAACCGAAACAAAAGCUCUGCUCGUAAAAUUUUUACAUUUGUAAUGUCUAUGUAAAUCAUUUAUCAAAAGUGAUGUGUUGAAAGUAAACGAAAAUUUUCAAUUCAAAAUUACAAAUUACUACUAUUUUGUCUCUUUGUCGUUGCAAAUUCAAAAUUUCGCAUUAGCAAAACAUCUGGCAAAAUUUUGAGCACUCGAGUAAAGGAAACGCAUAAUAGGUACUCGGGAAUUCGUUCUAUAAAAAUUUAAUUUAAUAAAUGUGUUUGAAAAGUUGAACAAAAAAUAAAAACUAAAUUAAGCAAAUCCGCUGUUUGAACUGAAGUCUCCACGAGCGUACACGAAAACUAAAAAAAAUGUUACACAACCCAAGAUCUGUGCCCCCAAAAACCCUCAGCAUGCCAGUGAACUUGAAGAAGCGCAGCAAGAAACGCAUGAAGAAGAUCAUUUCACAUGUGAAGUUUCAGAAAUUGAUUGUGCCCCGGCCGGAUGUGCUGCACGGCUACCUGCGGCACGAGGAGAUCAAUCGCUAUUUGGAAUACCUGAAGAAUCGUUACAGUUUCGUGCAACUUCAUCUGCUCGGCCUAACGCACGAGCGUCGUCAAUUGAAGGCAAUCGAAAUCGAUUGGAAUAGCGUGCAGAAUUUGGAGGCUGUCGAACGUGAACGUACGCGUCGCAUGCUUUACGAUAAAUCCACAGUCACGCCACCGCCACAAAAUGUGAACAGCGGCAUACAGUCUCGCAAUACGAUCUUCAUAGAGGCCGGCACGCAUGCGCGCGAAUGGAUUAGCGUAGCGGUGGCCUUGAAUUGCAUCUAUCAGCUGACGGAGAAACAUUUGCGCAAUUAUGAGUUGUUGCGCAAGUUGCGCUUUAUCAUUGUGCCCGUCACGAAUCCCGACGGUUAUGAAUAUACGUUCGUGAAAAAUCGUCGUUGGCGCAAGAAUCGUCGACCCAUUCGUCAUAGCCGCCACAUUGGUACCGAUUGUAAUCGCAAUUAUGACUUUCACUGGGAAGAUGGAUCCUCGAAAAGUGGUCGCAAUACAUUUAAAGGUCUGAAACCGUUCUCCGAACCGGAGACACGCGCCAUGCGAAACAUGCUGUGCAAACAAAAGGAGAACUUGUUAUUCUUUCUGUCGCUGCACUCGUAUGCGGAGAGCAUUAUGUACCCCUGGGGAUAUAGCAAAGACCUGCCGGAUACUUGGCAAAAAUUGGAAAAACUAGCGCUAGCCGGUCGCAAUGCCAUAAAAGCCUACAAUGGCAGAAGUUAUCGCGUCGGAAGCAUAGCAAAAUUAACGAAACGACGCAUAUCCGGCUCGAUUGUGGACUACGUUUUCGGCGUAAUAAACGUGCCUUUGGCGUUGGUUAUGGAAUUGCCAUCGCAAUCUUUGGGCUUUCAGCCACCAGUGGAAUCAAUUAGCCCGAUUGGGCAUGAGAGUUGGUUCGGCAUACGAGAGAUGUGCAAAAUGGCGUAUGACAUAGAGCCACCCUAUUUGAAAAUUGAAGAGACGCUAUUGACUAAAGCGCUGACUAACGCCAGACAGCCACUACAUGAAGCCGGCGCAGCAUUGAAUAAGCAACCGCUCUACAGAGCACUGAUGCCCACCAUCAAAACUGAGCAAGUGCUAAAGAACACACAAGUGCCUGUAAAGGGUUGAAUACAUCAUAUGUAUAUAAUAUAUAUAUAUAUAUAUCAUAUUUCCAUAUUUCUGUUUAAAUUUGUAAUGCAUUUUCGUCCAUAUAAAAAAUAAAAGCAUAUUCUCGCAUUUCAAA